AUGUCUACUCCUCGAUCCAUCGUCUCCAAGAACAAGACCCCCAUCGCAAUCGCAGCAGCCCUCGUCUCAGCAGCCGCCGUCGUCACCCAGGUCUACCGCAAAGCCUCAGCCAAAGCCGCAGCCAUGUCUCUCCCCCUCCACCCCUCGCUCAACAACGGCAUCACCAAGGGCAGCGCCAGCUUCUCUGGUGGCAAGCUCCGCUGCAAGUGCUCUUCCAGCCCCGUCGAGGUGACCCUCGCCGGCAACGUCGCCCACAACCACGCCUGCGGCUGCUCCAAGUGCUGGAAGCCCGAGGGUGCCAUCUUCUCCGUCAUCGGCGUCAUCCCCAAGGACCAGGUCAGCGUCACCGCCAACGCCGACAAGCUCUACAUUGUCGACGAGAGUGCUGCCAUCCAACGACACGCCUGCAGCAGCUGCGGUGUCCACAUGUACGGCCGCAUCGAGAAGGAUCACCCUUUCAAGGGUCUCGACUUUGUCCACACUGAGCUGUCUUCCGAGAAGGGCUGGAAGGAGCCCCAAUUCGCCGCCUUUGUCUCUUCCAUCAUUGAGCAGGGCUUCGAUGCUUCCAAGAUGGAUGCUGUGCGCGCCCAGUUCAAGUCGAUCGGCCUCGAGACCUACGACGCUCUGUCGCCUCCUCUGAUGGAUGCCAUCGCCAGCUGGACCGCCCAGAAGGCCAAGAUCUAA